CCGAUGCUGUACAGAUCUAGUCCCACCCAUCUUGGAGAAUGAGUCUUAAAGACUCAUCGUUAGAACCCUUCUCUUUUUCCACUACUUUUCGGAUUCACAUUUCAUUUGUUUUCCCCGCAGCAUUCGGCACGUGUUGUGGUAUACUUAUGAUUGCCGAUUUGUUUCAAGGGCAUUCGUCAUUUCUAGCUAGUACUGUGGGCACGUACUUGCUAGCACUCUUCUGUGAGACAAACACAAUUGUCUGGCCAAUUCUGUGCCUGACACUUACCUGGACUAGUACUGGAGUGGCAUCAUACAGUGAGUCAUGAAACGUAACACAACUCGAUACCGAGGUCCCGAGGAAUCCAUGUCGAGUCUGACAAUAACAGUGAAAAGGCAGCGAACAUCGUUACAUGUAAGCGCACAUACUAGCACAUACUAGAUCUGACCCUUGAAAAUUGAACGAUUGGAUUCCGGAGAGCCCCGCUGUUCCUA